GAUACAACCGCACCAGCUACUUCUACCCCACGUUCUCAGAGAGCUCAGAGCACAGCCAUCUGCUCGUGUCUCCCGUGCUGGUGGCAAGUGCAGUCAUAGGUGUGGUCAUCAUCCUCUCCUGCAUCACCAUCAUCGUGGGCAGCAUCCGCAGGGACAGGCAAGCCCGGCUCCAGCGGCACCGCCACCACCAUCGCCGCCACCACCACCACCACCAUCGCCACCGCCGCCGCCGCCAUCGAGAGUACGAGCAGGGCUAUGUGUCUGAAGGGCACACAUACAGCCGCUCGAGCCUCAGGAUGCGCGAUGCCUGCAGCCCUGCUGAUGACUGGCCUCCACCCUUGGACCUCAGCUCUGAUGGGGACGUGGAUGCCACGGUGCUCCGAGAGCUGUACCCGGAUUCUCCACCAGGUUACGAUGAGUGUGUGGGGCCGGGGGCCACUCAGCUGUACGUCCCCACGGAUGCCCCGCCCCCCUACUCACUGACCGACUCCUGCCUCGCGCUGGACGGCACCCUGGACACGGGCGGCGGCCACAGCCCUGGGCGACACCAGCAGGCGCAGAGGCUGCAGGGCCAGAAUGGCCUCCGCACGGUCUCCAUGGACACACUGCCCCCUUACGAGGCCGUGUGUGGGGCCAGCCCCCCAGCGAGCCUGCUGCUGCUGCUGCCGGGACCAGAACCAGGGCCAAGGAGCUCCCAGGGCUCCCCGGCCCCAACCCGGGCCCCGGCCUCCGGCCCAGAGAGGGUUAUGGACAAGAUAAAGUGGAUGUGGGCCCCACUGUGCCACUACGAGAGGAACAGUGGCUACAUCUUGGCCUCGCUGCCAGGGGUACCGCAGAAGGGGAUAUUUGGGGCAGGACAGCCUGGGCCUGGCCGGGAGAGGCCCACAGUACUCUCAUCCACGUCCAGGCCCUCAGGGGGCACCAUGAGCUGGCCCCGACCCCCAGGUCCAGACGAGGAUGCUCCUGAGACCCUCCUGGACGACCUCAUCAGCUACUACAUGGAUGGGGCAGGGGAGGGCUGGCUCAGGGUCUGCAGGCAAGGAGCCCUCACCCACAGGGCCCAGCGGCUCCUGGGUACAGUGGCCCCUCCUCAGCUCUUUCUGCCUGAGGCUAUGGACUCUGAUCUGGGGGCCACUCAUCCCCAGGGGGCUCCCAGCUCUGCCCAGCACAUCUGCCACGAACUGGUGCGGGCACUGGAGUUCCUGGAACUAAUCUCCAUCAACCUACUUCUGUUUCCCUGGAGGAAGGAAAUCAGGUCCCUGAAGACAUACACGGGGAACUUUGCCUACUGGGUGCGGCCCGUGCUUUCUGAACACACAGUGCACACCAUUCUGGGCAGGCUGGGCUACAUGGCCACCUCCGAGGCCGAGUUUUCACUGGUCCAGGCCGUCAGCGAGGAGGACGCCAAACAGGUGGUAUUUGAGAUCUUCCUGACAAGAGUCGCAUGUGAGACCGUUCUCCAAACCCCAGGUGGGCAGGACCUAGGGCCGGACCAAGAGAAAGUGGCCGGGCCCCACUGCAGGUGCACCUCAGAGAGAGGGCGGGCGAAGACCCACAACGGCCUCCAGGAGGCCUGUCCAAGCCCAGGCCGCUCCGCAGGGGCAGGGACCGAGAGGGCACUGGCUGAGAGCCCUGAUGGUCCGUGCACUCUGCUUGCGGCCUUGAGCCUGCCUGAAGUCUCCAUAGCACCCCGCAGACCCCUCACUGGCCCCCUGGCCUCCUGGGGCCCCCAGAGCCAGGCCAGCACACACUUGGACAGUGAAGAGUUCCUGACCUGCUACAGCGACCUUGUGCUGCGCCGGACACCUUUGUUCCCCAGGGACCAUCCCCUGAGCCACCUGAAGGGAGACCAACUCCAGGGCCCAGGCCUGGGGCCCAGCCCACCUUCAGAGGAGGGGGUGGCCCCCACAGGUAGCCAUGGCGGGGAGUCCCUGAUUCCCAAUACAGCUUCAGAGAGCAAAGGAGUCACCAUUCCCAGCCAGCUCUGCCUGACACCAGGCCCCCAGUUGUCAGAGAAUUCCUGGGACCCAAAGCUAGACGUGCAGCCGGAGCUGGCCGCCCCCGGCACAGACACUACUCUUCCAAGUGCUUCCUCAGAGAUGGACGAGCUGUGUGAGCAACUGGCCCACUUCCUCAAACUCCCAACUGCAGCAGGCCAUCCUGGGGGCUCUCCAGGCCCGGGGGAAGAGGAGAACAGACAACCAGAGCCUCUGGUGGGGCCAGAGCCGGCCAGUGAGAGUGGCUGUCCGGGCAGUAGCGUCGCUCAGCUCUGGAGGUCUCCUCAGACCCCCUCUUCUGCACAAGAGCCCCCAGUGCUCAUUGUGUCCCCCCAGAGGGGCUGGAGGUGCCAGCUCCCAUGGGAGGAUUCUACACAAGCACCAGCUGAGGAUGUCACCCCUGGAUGGCAUAGGGGCAGUCACCCUGACUAAGCAGAUUGCUCUUCUGCCAAAAAGGUAACCAUGUGGAGAGGUGGUAGAUCUGAGACGACAGUUGGGGAAACAGCAGCCAAACCCACAGCUUGUCAGGCACAGGGACCAAUCUGCUAAUCCCCGCUGGUCUCAGGCCCCAGCCCUGCCUCCUGCUGACUGUGUGACUUUUGGCCACUCACUCCACCUCUCUGAGCCACAUUUCCUCAUCUGUAAAGUGGAUGUGGUGUCAGGCAUAAUGAAGUGAGUUGUGCACAGUGCCGACCUCAGAGGGCUUUCUGUCCCCUUCACAUCCCAGCUCAGUGUAUGAUCUUGGGUGAGUCAUCUGGUAUCUCUGAACAGCAGUUUCCCUCAGCAUCCUUAAGGCACCUGUCACGGGGCAGAUUAAAAGAGAAGAGACAUGUAAUAUGUGUAAUACACAGAUGUGUAAUACACCUUUAAUCUGUUUAGGGCCCAUUGUCACCUCCCUUUUCUCUAAGCUAACUUCUGGUUGAUGGAGAACAAGGCCACAGUUGCGAGCCUGGGGUUAGCUCACAGGCCUGCCUGCAUCCAGGGUGGGAGGCUCUACCAUCUGGGCUGCCUGGAGUUGGGCAGGGGGCGCCACCUGCCUCUCCUGCCCCCACAUAUGCACACAUGCAGGCACACUUGCACACAGGUGGGCAUGUCCAGGCAUGUACACGCACACCCUUAGGCAUUCCUCGUGGGGUCCCCAAGAGACGGUGUCCUCCUCCUCCUCCAGCCAAGACCCUCUCUAUAGGGUGGCAGGUGGCACCUGCCCAAGGGCAGCCCCUCGGCUUCCCAUCUGUGAAGUAGGGAGGAUGGCCCCUGCCUCCCAGGGUGGUGGUAAGCAGUAAAGAGUACAUUGGUAAAGGCUCCUUCUGGGCAUACAGCAGGUGCUUAAUGUUUGUGCCUGCCUUGCUCUCCCUGGAGCUGAGUGUAUGACCCCACCAUUUUUAGCCAGAAGACUGAGGGCCACAGGUGGGAAGGAUUUAAGGGGUGUUGGCCCUGCCUCCCUCAGUCAGACAGCUGGCCUCUGAGCCAGCCCCUCCACAGGCUUUUUGAGACAGAUCAGGAAGCAGUCUGCUCUGUGGGGAGAGAAGCAUACUGGUCAGUCAUCCAUCCACCCGUCCAUCAGUCCAUCCAUCCAUCCACCCACCCACCCCAAUUACUCAGCACAGCACCAGCAGUCAGCACUCAAGCUGCUGAGUUGCCAGUGUCUGGGGCCUGGUGGGAAGAGGGGCAUCCUGGGGAAGGAGAAGGUCAGGAACUGGCUGGGCUGGAGACAGAGUGGGUCAGGAACCUCAGGAGAAGGGAUGAGGCAAUGGAGAGAUGGGUGGCCAGGGAAGGCCUCUCUGAGGAGGUGACAUGUUGUGAAGAACAUAUAUUAGAUCCUAGAAGUGGGGUUGCUGGACCACAAUGUUAAGUGCAUAUUUGUACUUGUUAUCAAAUUUCCCUCCAGAAGGGUGGUACAAAUCUGCAUGCCCACCAGAAAUGUAUGUUGUGUGUGUGUACACGUGUGUGUGGGUAUUUUGGGGGGGCUAUUCUGGUAAUAUGUCAGUGUUCUUUUAAUUUUCUGCUUAGUCUAUUUGGGCUGCUAUAAAAAAUCACAGGUUGGGUGGCUUAUAAACAACAGAAAUUUGUAUCUCAUAGUUCUGGCGGCUGGAAGUCCAAGACCAGGAGGCCAGCAUGGUCAGGUUCUGAUGAAGGCUCUCUUCCAGACUGCAGAUGGCUGGCUUGCUGCUGUGUCCUCACGUGGUGAAAGGAGCUUGGAAGCUCUGUGGGGUCUCUUUUAUAAGAACACUAAUUCCACUCACAAGGGUCCACCCUCAUGACCUAAUCACCUCCCAGAGACCCCCAUCUUCUAAUACCAUCACCUUGGACAUUAGGUUUUCAACAUAUAAAUUUAGGGGAGACACAAAUAUUCAGAUAGAACAGAAACUGCAUUUCUCAGAGUGAAUUUGAAUAUUUAUAUAUGUCUAAGGGCCAUUUUCGUAUCUUUUUUGUAAAUUGUCUGUUUGGGUCUUUUUCUCAUUUUUCUAUUAGAGUUUUGGUCCUUCGUCUAUUUUAAAAGAAUUCUUCAUGGAUAUUAGCUGUUCGACUGCGUUAUGUGUUGUAAACAUUUUCUCCCAGUUUGUCAAUUGUCUUUUGACUUUGUUAUCCGGUGGUUUUUGUCACAUACAUUUAAAUUUUUUUAUUUAGUCAAAUGUAUCAAUCUUUUAGAACUCCGGGAUUUUCAAUCAGUUAGAAAGUGCUCCCUACAUCGAGGUUUUAAAGAAUUCAUUCAUUCUUCUAAUACUUGCAUGGUUUAUUUUCUU